GAGCCGGGGCGAAAGCCCCGAAAGGCCGGAGCAUCUCCUCUCUCGCUUUCUCUCCCUCCGCGUUCCCGAUCACGCUUCUUGCCUCCGAUCGCCGACCGGAAAUACCUGGGAUUUCCGGCGAGGAAUGGAGAAGCCAACCGGAGAGAGCGAGCUGCUCCAGGAGGCUUCAAGGGUGCUGGAGCGGGCGAAGGAGCUUCAGGACUCGGCGUCGUCCCUCAUCUCCAAGACGAAGAGCGAGGAGCAGUCUCUCUGCCACAGGGCCCUCGCCCUCGACUCCGAAAUACAGCGGCUCAGGCGUUCCAGUUGUGCCGCUGCGAAGGCGGGGACCGUCGAUUACCGGACCGUAGAUCAGAUGGAGGAGAAGUUGUUUAAAGCUAAAUGCGUGAUGAGCGACGGCGACGUAUCUUCGUUUCUCCCUGUCAAGUCCAAUGAUAGAUUUCUUAGGAUGUUCCUUGGGCCCAUUAACGUACGCGCAAUCAGAAAGGAUGUGCAGCUGAAAAUGAAGGAGGAGUACAAUAGUUUCAGGGAUCGCACAGCCAUCUUGUUUAUGCUAUUCCCUUUCAUACUUCUCUCGUUGCGGAAUUGGUUUUGGGAUGGAUGCUUUCCUGCACUUCCAGUUCAACUAUAUCAGGCCUGGCUGCUAUGUCUAUACACAAGUUUGGCCUUGCGAGAGAAUAUAUUAAGAGCAAAUGGGAGUGAUAUUCGUCCUUGGUGGGUAUACCAUCACUACUGUGCUAUGGGAAUGGCUCUGAUAAGUCUCACAUGGGAUAUAGAAGGAGAACCUGAUUGUGCCCGUAAGCAGAGAGGAGUCCAGCUUUUUUUGGCCUGGGCAAUGAUGCAAGGUGUGGCAAUGCUUCUUCAAAACAGAUAUCAAAGGCAAAGGUUGUAUACACGUAUUGCAUUGGGAAAGGCAAGGAGAAUGGAUGUUGUCUGGGGGGAAACUGCUGGUGUUGAAGGUCAACUAUGGCUUUUGUACCCGAUUCUUUUCAUAUUGCAGGCUUUUGAGGCAUAUGUUGGUGUAUUGUUGCUUCAGACUGCAGUUUCUGGGGUUGUUUCUGAAUGGCAGGUCGUGGUUUGCGGAACCCUUCUGGUUGCUAUGGCAAUAGGAAACUUCAUCAACACAGUCCAGACUCUUAUGGCAAAAUCGAGGUUCAAAGCAAUGAAGAGAAGCAGAAGCAAGCAGGAUUUCGACCAUGGUCAACCCACAAGCCCUUCUGCAUUAAGAGAUUCUUCCUAGUCCUUAUAUAGUUAUCGGAUGACCUCUGUAGGCUUAUCCUUUCAAGCUGUCUAGUAAAAAUUUUCCAUUGUAAAAAAGGUGCAUUUUUUCCCUUUUCCGGCAAGAUUUUAUGCCGGUGUUGGUAUUGGUCCCCUUUUUAGGUCAAAUCUUUCAAUGUGUUUCACUAGCAGUUGCUAUGUAGGGCCUACUCAAAGCUGCUUUGCUUGACGGUAUACGUCACUAUCUAACAAAAUUAUUGAGCUUUUGCUUCCUGUCAUAAAGAAGGCCGAGUUUUCUUGCUCUAA